UGUACGCAUUUUAUACAAAACAAAAAAAAAACGCCCACAAUAUUACAUAUGUAUAUUCUUCAGAAAUGAGUCAUGCGCGUCGAAAAUCAAGAAAAGUUAUCGUAUACAACAAAUAAAGUUAAGAUUACAGUGAUUUUUAAAGCCUUGAGGAAUUGAAGUGAAUGCUCGUGUGCAGGCUUAAACUGUUUUCUUUCGGUUAAUAUUGCCUAUUGCUACAUUCUUUUCUUUGACUACUAUAUCCUUUUGCAAACAACAUGAAAACGCGUCUCGUUUCAUUAACAUACCGCGGCAGCGCUUCUGUGGAUCCGCGCUACUCGGCUGCAAUGUUGCCAUGGACCAUAAAUGAUAUACGUUCUACGGAGAGCUACUCAAAACUCUCGGUUGGCAUCGAAAAUGGCGUCCUUGAGUCAUACAAUUCCGAUUUCGAAUUACAGUUCAGUCAUCCACUCAAGCACAUUGUCGGCAUGUGUCGCAUAGUACAUAAGCAGAGCAACAGCAAAAGUGCCGGCAAUGGUUUUCUCCAAUUGAAAGCAUUCGCCAGUAGCGGUGGCAGCAAUGGUAGCAAUGCUGCGUAUGGUUUGAAAUCCAACAACGGUGGUGGUGGAGGUGGUGGUGUUGGCACCACUUUAACCACCUCCACUUCGUACGGCUCACUCUCUUCGAGCGCUGCAUUGCGUGAACGCGAACGGGAACGUGAACGGGAGCAGGCGGCGAUGGCAGCUGCAAAUGGUGGUGUUGGUGUGGAUGUUGGUGGUGGCACUAACGAUGCAGUGAAUGGCGGAAAUGCGAAUAAUUGCAUGGAAUUUCUUGGUCCCAUCACUGGACUUGUAUACUUGAUGAAGGAUCCACGUGAUCCACUAUUACAUAUUUAUCUAUUCGAGUGUGAAGCGGUUGAAGAGAUGGCGGAGCUCAUGCAUCAAAUGCGUAAUCCUGCGCAUACACUUGGCGGCUCUGUUGGUAGCAUACCGCAGACUUUCGUCGCCAAUGGCUCCGGCAAUGAUUUAUCCAUGCAACGCGCGCUCACCGGCAAUGGUAUACACACCACACCGGCUACCAAUCUGAAGGUCAGCGAAGCCGUACGUAAUGCUCAACACGAUGCUAGUCCCAAUAUUGUUUCGUCAAAGAUGAAAUCUUCGAAAUCCUAUACACAUGGCUUAAGCAAUUCGGCGGGCACAGUGCACAUUCCAACAUCUACCUCUGCGCAGAGUAACCUAUCAUUGCUGGCCGAUAUCUCGCCCAAUCACACACACUUCUUCGAAGUCAUGUAUGUGGGUAAAAUACGCGUCUCACACAAGCGUGUACCAUUCUCAUUCAUUGACGAUGCGCUGCCCAAGUUCAAGGCGUACGACGCACAACGUACACGUCUAAUGCAGUUGACCGCCACUGCCACGGCAACGGCAACGGCAACAUCAGCAGCAACAAAUCGCAAACUCUCGCUGAAUGUUGAAUCUAGCAAUACCAAUGCUAACGCUAAUACUAAUCCCAGCGUCAUAUCAUUCGACCUUAAAAAUACUUCACUCAAGGAGAGUGAUGCUGAAGAGUCGGCCGGUGAAGCGUACGCUGGUGCGGAGACAGAUGUCGAGCCAUCAACAGAAACCGAAGCAGAUGUACAGCCGAAAAGUGUUGCCGUUGUAGAAGUUACACAAUUUGCGGAUAUUGCUGAAAAAGCGCAAACAAGCGCUGAGAAUAAAUCACCGAAACGUCUAUUGCGCGGCAUUAGUCACACUGAACUUCCGGUUAGCAAAAAUGCCACUAAUGCAGAGGUAGAAAAGGAAACAGGUUCGACGGAACUGUCAGUUCCACCAAAUGUUAUAAUCAACAAACAUCCAUCGCCGCCUCGACACGCAGAGGAGGAUGUAAAGGAGCAGGAAAAGCAACAAGAAAAAACAGCAGAUGCUGUGACAGGCACACAAUCACAACAACAGCUAACAAUACCGCAACAACCAGCAUAUGCAACGCUUGAGACUAUACCUAAGCAACGUGACCGUUCAGCCUCGUAUGGCUGCAUACCUCCCUACGUGGAGCAGAAUCGCACAAUGGUAUUUUUGGUUGGCCGCUCCGAUUUGCGUCUCAUUUCGCCCGAUCGCAAGCAAGUGUUGCUGUACAAGGACUUCAAGGAUGUCGCUAGUUGCGCGCAAGGUCAAAAGAAUCCCGAUCAUUUUGGCAUUAUUUGCCGUGAGGUGCACAAUGACGGCUACAUUGGUUAUGUCUUCAAGUGUCAGUCCGAGCAUGUGUGCGACGAUAUUGUUGCGGCCAUUUCGCAAGCAUUCGUAACAUGCGCCGAACAGAAGAAAAAGGAGGCCACACAAAUCUUCUCUUGCGAUCACUGCCCGAUGUUAUGGUAUCACAAACUCUGCACCGAUGUGGAAGGUUUAAGUGAGAAGAAGACGCAAGCGAUGAUUUUCCGACGUAUUGAAUCAUUAACCGAUGAUGAGCAGGAUAUGAUUUGGGCCAAGUAUUAUGGUUCAGAGAAGACAAAUUCGCCUUUAUCGGAACAAAAUCAAUUUUUAAUGAUGCUUUUGCGCGCUCACUGUGAGUCGCGUCAGCAGAGACACGUGCACGACACAGCUGAGAAUCGUUCGGAGUUUUUAAAUCAAUAUCUGGGUGGCAGUACUAUUUUCAUGAAAGCUAAACGCUCACUUACCAACUCUUUCGAUCAUCUGUUGAAGCGAAAGGCAUCAAAGGAUGAUAUUGGUGUGACACAGGGGUUGCGGGAUCAACAAAUAAGGGAGAGAUCCGCUGAGCCGCAUCCGGUCAGUCGUAGCGGCGAUGAAACACCACCGGAAGGUUUCCGCUCGCGGUCAAAUACGAUUGGUAGUGCAAGUCCGAGCAAGCCCAGUGCAGAGCACUUGAAAAGUCCCAUGAUGGACAUUUUUAUUAAAGUUGGCAACAACCCAAAGGAAUCGGAAGCCCAUCAAGCGUCUUGGCGUCAUGCAAUUUUGAAUAGCGUAGUGACCCCGUCGAAGGGCAUGGACGGUGAUGUACAGAAUGAAUUUAUGUCGCCAAUGAGAAUUACAAAACGUAUACGCGGUAAACGUACUCGGGAAGAGCUUCGCGAUCUCUGGAAGACUGCCAUACGGCAAACCAUACUCUUGAAUCGUAUGGAAACUGAGAAUGCCAUGCUGCAGGCGCGUCAAAAUGAAAAUGAGCUCAAACGUAUUAAACUCGACUACGAGGAGAUUGUACCGUGUGACAAACAACUAAUCGAACGUUGGGAACAAAUUAUUGAACGAGACUCAAUGAAGAUUGGCAAUAAGAAGGAUCCCAAAGUUUUAGCGCAGGCGAUUAAAAAUGGUGUGCCACGUUCCAAACGUGGCGAUGUUUGGACUUUCCUUGCCGAUCAGCAUUCCAUGAAUACCGCACCAGUAGAUACAAAGAAAUUUCCCAAUUUCAAUACACCCUAUCAUACGUUGUUGAAGAAUCUCACCGAACACCAGCAUGCCAUCUUCAUCGAUCUGGGUCGCACUUUUCCCAAUCAUAAGUUCUACAAAGAUCCACUCGGUGUGGGCCAGUUAUCGUUAUUCAAUCUGCUCAAAGCAUACUCAAUACUUGAUCCCGAACUGGGCUAUUGUCAGGGUUUGGGUUUCAUAUGUGGCAUCCUAUUGUUGCAUUGCGACGAAGCUGAUGCUUUUCAAUUGCUCAAACAUCUCAUGUUCAGACGUCAAAUGCGCACCAAAUAUUUGCCGGACAUGAAAAAGUUCCAACUACAGUUGUAUCAACUAUCACGUCUCGUCAAAGAUCAUUUACCCGAGUUGUAUAUUUGGCUCGAUCAAAAUGAUGUAUCCCCGACUUUGUAUGCCGCACCUUGGAUUUUAACUGUAUUCAGCUCACAAUUUCCUUUGGGCUUUGUUGCACGUGUUUUUGAUUUACUCUUCCUUGAGUCAUCUGAAGUGAUUUUCAAAUUUGCCAUUGCUCUGUUGACCGUGCACAGGGAUGAGUUAUUGGCGCGUGAUAAUUUCGAAGAAAUUAUGGAUUAUCUGAAGACAGUGGUGCCGAAAAUGGAAGCAAAUGCAAUGGAGAAAAUUAUGAAAUUGGUAUUCACUAUAGAUGUCAGUAAGCAAUUGACGGAGUAUAAUGUCGAGUACAAUGUAUUACAAGAAGAGAUCUCAACAGCAAAUCACCAUUUGGAGAUGUUAAAUAGAGAAAAGACACGAAAUAUGCAUCUAGAACAGCAACUACAGUUUGCCCAAUCUUCGAUUGCACAACUGGAGAAGACACGUUCUUCUCAACAAACGCAAAUCACCUCGCUACAAACCCAAGUACAAUCACUGGAGCUGACCAUACAAACGCUGGGACACUUCGUUGCUCAAUUGGCCGAGCAAAAUAUCGAUCUUGAAUUACCCGGCGAUGUGCGUCGUAUACUACAACAAUUAGAAGAUUUGGAACGCCAACGACGUAGGCCACAUUUCACAGAGCGCAAAAUUGGCAAAUCCGUAUCGGUCAAUAGUCAUUUGGGGUUUCCACUAAAGGUGUUAGAAGAGUUGAACGAAAAAGAAGAACAUGGUUCGCCACAAAAGAAGAAGGAGAAGACACCUUUUUUUGAACACACCUACGAACAACUGCGACAACAGCGGUCUGCACAACAACAACAACAACAACAACAGCAACAGAGUGCUCAAACAUCACCCACAACAACUCAACAGCAACGCAAGCUGAUCACAAGCGCCAGCAGUUCAUUGGAUGAAAAUCAUUACCAAACACAAACACAACAACAACAGCAACAGCAACAACGGCCAAACCGCCUACUCGACUCGCCAGACAAACAAACCAAACCAACAGAACUCAAGCUGCCCGAUCAAAUGGAGCAACAGUUUGGCGGUGUGAAUAUACGCAGUCCAAACGAGGUAGACAGCGGUGUCGGCACACCGUUGAGCCCACCCAGCACGAGCAGUAAUAGCAGUAGUAGCGGACUCAGUACAGGCUCUAGUAUUGGUAGUGUCAGUGGCGGAGGUAGCCUUUUCAGUCGAAUGGGAUAUAAGAACACACCAAUGGCGCUCUCACCGUUAAGCAGCCGUCAUACGCUGUAUGCCGUGGGUAGUGUGGCAGCUAUCAACCAUAUGACAACAACAAAAUCCACAGUGGGAAGUAUCAAAGUGACGGUGCCACCAGUCUCGAUAAUUGAGCCCACUGAGCAAACACAAACGGCCCCGGAAAUGCAUCCUCUCAGCAUGGUGGGUGAGGUGAAUGUGCGAUUUAACGGUACGACACAGUUGAAAUCGAUACGGCCCGUGCAUCAUAUGCGUCCCAUGGCCACCGUGGCAGCAGGUGUGGCAGCUGCGGCAGCCUCUGCACUACAGGAACAGCACAACACGAGUGAUGUGAGUGGUGAGACUAGCGACAAGGGCAGCGUUGACAUUGAGACGUCGAGUUCAGAUGCGACAAAUGGUCGCAGCUAACGGUUUUGAUUCAUAGCGAAAAUUUUGCGUAGCUUCUAUUAAAGACAAGAAAAGGCAAUAGAAAACUAAAGACACAAAAAAAAAUAGAGGAAAAUAGAAAACAAUGCAGGAAUUUCGACAAGUUUUCGUUUAAAAGCUGGAGCUUCCCAUGUGUUUACCAUAACUGAAUUUUUUAUAAUUAAAUUUUUAAAUACACGAAAUAUUGAACUUUCCGUAUUCAUCCCUUUCACUAGAUUCGGCUCGGCGUUGUUUACUCCUCUUUUAAAUGGAAAAUUGUGUGACAUUUCAAGCAACAAAAAAAUCUUAAGCUUCAUGUAUUUAAAAGAAAUCUGCGAAUAUAUAUUCAUAUAUAAAUUGAAUGCUUGCAAUUGUAGUUUAAAAACGCAAUUCUAUAUGUAGCAUUUGAACAUAUAACUGUUUUUGAAAUGCUUCGAAAUGCCACAAAGAGAACUAGACACUUUAAUACAAGCACCUACGCUACACAAUCGCUAUGUAAAAUCUUCUAAUUGAACUAGAAGGGAAGGUUCAACAAUCUUCAGGAAGUCAUACAUGAAGACAUGUAUGCAUGCGUUGAGAUAUUUAUAUGUAUGAUUAUUUCGUUGAUAUGAUAUUAUUUCUUCUAAGAUAAUUUUCUUUGUUGGUGAUAUUGUUUUUGUAAUUGCAUAAAAAUUCCAAGUAAUUUUGAGUGGAAGGGGUUUUCCAAAAAGUUGAGGAUCGGAUGUUUAUUGUAAUGUAAAGAGCAUGUUACGCCAUUAAUAAUGGAAAACAAAAUCAGUCAAAUGGCCGCCCGCGUAUGUAUGUACGUAUCCAAAUAUUCCAUCACCAAAUCGCAAAGUGGCUGCUGUAUGCCUUCAAUAGCUUCACUAAUUCCUUCUUUGUGGUCUUGAAUCGAUGUUAGUCCGUCUUUCACAUGAUUCCAGAGAAUCAACUCUUUGAGAGAUGACACGGUCCGCAAACUUUUCCAUUAAAAGAGAGAUAGUUUCGUUGCUUAUGUUACACGUAGCGCACCGUCUUGUUGAAAGCAAACGUUGUUCAGAUCAAUACCAUCCAAUUCCGACCAUAAAAAAAUCAUCAAUUAUCUCUCGUUAGGGCCAUGCAUUCGCCGUAACUCUUGAUUCGGUUCUUGAUUUUCGAAAAAGUAAGAUGACCCGCGGGAGGGUAAAUCGCAUCAAAUAGUAUCACGUAUCAGUAUCUCCAUCCUUUCAUUCAUUUCAACAACAAAUCUUGGAUUUUGCUUAUUCACGUAG